UGCCCACAUGACAGGUUGUGCAGCCGUCUUGUUUGACAGUUUUCCGUGCAAUCAACCUGCGCAGCAGUUGGCUGCCAUUCGGCGCUUGCUGUGCUACUUUGCUAUUCCGAACGCGGUUGCGAUUAUCCACCGAGCGCCGAGCUUUGCGGCAGUCGCCGACGAUGCUCCACGGCAGUUUGGAUCAGGGCGCUGCUCGUGGCGGUCCGGAGGCGCGAGGCCGACCCUCCUGCCCCUGCCCUUGCGCGCGGGGGUACGCGGAUGGAGCCGCGGGGCAGCAUUGCCGACAGUCUCGCUGACACGGGCGGCUGCGACGCAGACCUCGAGGAGUCACUCCGGGAGUCAGAGAAGCGGGUCGCCACCAUCGAGACCGACUCGCAGGAGGCCCUGGCGGCGGCGCGGAUGUUGCUGGAGGCCGCGGGCGGGACGGUGGGGCAGCUGGAGCCUCACCUGAUGGACGAGAUGUCUGCGCUGGUGCAGGUGCAGCUGGACGAGCUGGCGCAGGCCCAGGGGAGCAUCCAGCAGAAGUUCGGCGAGGCCAGCAGGGCUGCCGGCGCGAAGGGGUGCGCGCUGGCCCUCGCCCGUCUGGUGACCAAGCUGCGCCAGCUGGAGUCCAGCCUCGCCUCGGAGCUGAGCAGGAUGACGGGCAGGCCCGCGCCCAAGCGGCCGACGCAGUCGUCGUGGAUGCCCGGCGCGGGCCAAGCGGCAGGCCCGCCGAAGGGCACGGUGCCCGCCGUGCUGCCUGCGAGGCCGAAGCAGCAGUGGCAGUGGCAGGCGGCCGCGGGCCCGGCCAAGGGCCAGAAGGGCCAGCGGCAGUGGCCGGCGCCUCCUGCCAGGUUCGAGGGCCCGAUCCCUCGGCUGGAGGACCCGGUGCCGCUCGUUGCGGUCUUCGACCUCGACGAGACGUGCUGGAGCCAUUUCGGCUUGGACCACAAGGCGGACAAGUUCCAGCCGCCGUUCAGGUGGUGCGAGCAGGGGCGUUGCGUGGUGGACUCCGCGGGCAAGCCCGUCAUGAUCUUCCCGGAGCUCCCCGCGGUGCUCCUGGCCCUGAGCCAGGCGGGGGUGCAGCUCGCCGUCGCGAGCCACGACACCCAGGCCGCUUGGUGCGGAGAGGUGAUGGACAGCUUCAUGCUGAACGACCACUUGCGCUGGGGCGACCUGGUACCCGAGCACUUGCGGAUUAUCAGCUGCUCGGGGAAGCAUUGGCCGGGCAAGGCAAACCACUUGAGCGAGAUCCGGGAGCGGUGCGGUUGCGAGUAUUCGGACAUGUUGUUUUUCGACGACGGCAGGGGCAAUUGCCAGACGGCCAUGAAGCUCGGGGCCGCCGCCGUGCGUUGCCAGGGCGGCAUCACGAUAGGCAAGCUGUGGGAAGGCUUGCAGUCUUGGGCCGCGGCGAAAGAUUGGCAAGAGAAAGGUCAGCGAGGCCAGAAGCGCGCAUGGCACGAGGCAUGGUGAUAGCCGGGGUAAGGCAUCUGGCUUCACUUGUUCUGUCGGAGCCGCUUGAUGCCCCGAUUGCGGAGGCUCGUGAUGUGCUCUGGAAUCGAGCGCGCCUUGCAUGCAGAA